AUGGUUAAUGGUAUACUUGAUGAUACGUCUGAUGAGGAGGAUCCAAAUACUUUCGGCGAAACUAUACUAGAACCCGGGGGGCGACACGCUCACAUACAGUAUUCGAGCAAUGUCGAAGAGUCGGCUUCGAGGGAGCGUGAGCCUAUCAUGCCCUCCACAUUAGAGACAGAUAGCACCACAGUGUCCUUGGAAAAAGACCUUCCUGACGCGCUCCGCAGUGUCGUGGUAAAGGCCGAGCCUCAGGAGGUUGAAUCAAUUGAAUCCUUAAACCAGCAAGUCUCCAUUGCUCUACCGCGUAAGCGGCGAAGGAUGGUGCCAGAAGUUGUCGUACCUACUUGGGCUUCUCUUCAACAACGCGAUAAAAAAAACUUCGAUAAAAUAAAGAAGAUGAAUAAUCCUAAGAUCAAAAAAACCAAGGACAUGACAUUAAACUUGUCGUCGAUAUAUGAUCGUUUGAAAGACAUCGGUUUAGACCCAUACGAAGUCACUUUAGAGAGCGAAAUACGCGACGUAUCGGUGUCACGCCAAUUCCUGUCUUCUGUCUACGGUGGAGGACCGCAAGACGUAUUUCCACUAAUUGGGGCUGCAAAAUUGGCACAACAUGGUAUAAAGAAUUUUAUGUAUGUCAACGUGGAGAGCCACAGCCAUGCGCCUCAGUUUGUUGGAAACCCAGGAUUAUUUUUUGUUACCGAACAGCCGCCCGAGAUAUUCGAUGACCUCUACUACACUUUUGUACGACUCAGUUCUGCUGAAUGGUUGUACGUCGGAAUCUACUGUCUAAUGCCGUCACCUUCGUUAUCGAAGGAAGAGUGGAAAUCCAUGACAGAGAAGGUCCGUAGGAAAUGGGUCAGUAUGAUUUUCAAGAAAAACUGGGCCGGCGGAUUCCGCCAGAGGAUAUCUGCACGUCGAAACGUCAACAAUAUAACUCCCGAGGAUAUUCGAAGCGUCCUCGAUUCUGGUGAAGAGACUUUGGGAGUCCAUGCGAUGAAAUGCGUAGGAUACGACGAGAGAUUUCAAAGGGAGCUAGCAAUGAGGUUCUCAAACUGGGUCCCCCCACCACCGAAACCAAGAAACGAAAGAAGAGGUGAAGGGACAGGUUCGGAAACCAAAACCAAAACAAGAGCGAAAGGAAGCCGGAUGCCCACGAAAACAGGAAAAAGAAAACUUGGAGAACCUACAGAUUCAGAAACACCGGAUUCCGACAGCAACACAGGUGUUGUAGACCAGUUUAAUGAAGAUCAUAUCGACUCCAAGGAUCAGAAGGACAAGGCACCCUCUACCAAAAUAAAGUCGAAACAACGAAGCCAAAGAUUGCGCGGGGCCUUCUCAAACCACAGUGUCAAUGUCCUCGAGCUUUCGGACUCAGAAUCAGCAGGCGACGUGCUUUUGGUUGACAAUUGGGAUGAAAACAGUGGUAGUCGGGACGAUCCCAUUGUGCUUUAG